AUGCCGAAAUGGAAUGGCGGUCUGAUAGUUUUCACGAUGUUUGUGUGUUACAUGCUGGAGUCAAUGUUUUUCCAGCGAAAAAUGUUCAUAUCCACACAAGUCAAUUUAGGAAUUAUAUCAACGCUGCUCUCUGCCAUCUAUGAGAAGUUAAUGGUUGUGGAUUUGAGCGGUGAAUAUUCUUUCAAUAUUAAAAAUGCUGCCAAAGAUGCGCGAAAAAAUUCCAGAACGACAGCAGGAGAAAUUAUAAAUUUGCUCUCAACAGACGUUCACAUUUUUGCUGAAUUCUGUGCGAGUAUCGGCCUUAUCUGGUCGAUUCCACUUCAAAUAUGCGUUGCCGUCGUAAUACAGUGGUAUCUUCUUGGGAAGGCGGUCUUUGCUUUCAUCGGCAUUGUUAUUCUUGUAAUUAUCAUAGAAGCCGUUGUUUCUAACUUUUUAAAAAAUUUUCAGUUGUUGAAGUUGCACACGUGGGAGAAAGUGUUUGAAAAGAAAUUGACGGACAUCCGAGCAAACGAAUUAAAAAGUCUUAAAAACUUUCUCUACCUUAACAGCUCCAACUUGUCCGUUUCCUUGUUUGUUCCCAAUUUAGUUAUUUUUACAACUUUAGCCGUUUAUUCCCGUUGGAUCGGUCACUUGGACGCUAGGAGAGCUUUCACGUCAUUCGCGAUGUUCAAUGUCAUCCAACAUGAACUCUUCCUUCUUCCUAUCAUUAUCAACCUGAUAGCAAAGAAUGUAGUUGCUGUAAGCAGACUGGAAAAAUUUUUGAAGUUGCCAAAUCGAACACCUUAUGUAGAAAAACUCAUCAGCAAUGAUGAACUGCCAGUAAGAAUAACAUGCGGAUCCUUCAAACGGCAUCAAAACGGAAAUUUAGUUCUGGAAAACCGAUCACUGACUGGCAUUGUUGGACAAGUUGGCUCCGGAAAGUCGACUCUUUUGGAAGCGGUCAUGGGAAAUUUGCUACGAGUUUCAGGACAUGUAAAAAUAAAGGGUCGACUGGGCUACGUGCCCCAACAAGCGUGGAUCAUAAACGCAUCUCUGCGAGACAACAUUCUGCUGGGUGAGACGUACGACGAAGAGAAGUUCAAUGAAGUAGUUAACGCGUGUGCACUCGCCGAAGACAUUCUUCAGUUGCCGGCUGGAGACUUAACACAAAUUGGCGAAAAAGGCAUAAACUUGAGCGGUGGUCAGAAGCAGCGAGUGAGCUUGGCCCGAAGCAUCUACCAGGACUGUGACGUGUACCUGUUCGACGAUCCACUCAGUGCUGUUGACUCACACGUCGCCACGCACAUCUUCGACAGCCUCAUCGGACCACACGGCAUGCUCAAAAACAAGACCAGGUUGUUAGUGACUCAUGCAGUGAACAUACUCCCCCAUGUCGACCAGGUCGUUGUGCUGGAUGGAGGUUGUAUCGUUGAGCAAGGCACCUACCAGCAACUCAUGGACAACGGCAGAUAUAUAAAUAAAGUUUUGACCAGUUUUGAAAAAAUUGAACAUAAACUGUCAAAAAGAAAUGGUGAUGAACAAAUUGAACACAGGAAAAUGGAAUCUGACACCGGAUUUAAUUUGACCGCAGACUACAACAACGAAUCAACGGGAACGAUAACUUGGUCAACGUAUAACUUCUACUUGAAAUUGUUGAAGUACAAAUGGGCUUUCUUGGCUGCUGGAAGUUUCAUAGCAUUUAAAACAUUUCAAAUAAUAUCUUAUAUCUGGAUUACAAACUUGGCUGCUGACAAACAUCUCGCCGAGUUAUACGACGAAUUACGAAAUGAAUCGUCUCAUGAGACAUUUCGAAGCAACACUAGCCAUCAAACGAUCUUUUUCAACUCCGACUACAUAAAUGGCGUGAAUCAUCAUUUAAAAGUUUACGGUCUCUUGCUACUUGGACACGGAAUUUUUGUGGCAUUGUACUGCAUAAUUCGAACAAACACGUUAAUAAAUGCCUCACGAAGACUUCAUUCAUCGAUGAUCCAUCGCGUCAUCCGAUCGACCAUGACUUUCUUCUACGAUGUUUCUGCAGGACGUAUCAUCAACAGGCAGGCUUUACAUUUGGAUAUUUUUUAUUUGGAAGUUUGUCUGAAUAUUGAGAAAUUUAUGAUCAGCAAUAAGGUUGUUUUAUUUUUAAGAUUUUCUAAAGAUUUGGACGCUUUUGACUGUACACUGGCUGAUCUAUUUCACCAAACUUUCUAUCUGUUGACUUCACUGGUUGGAACGCUCAUCGUGGUCAGCGUAAUGAUUCCUGUGUUCCUCUUUGCCGCUGUUCUCCUUCUUUUAUUGUUUCUUGCUUUACAGCACUUCUAUCUGCCGACUGUCUGCCAAUUGAAGUGGUUGAGUUCAAAUUCUCGCUCUCCCAUUUACACACACGUCUGUGAGACUGUUGAUGGGCUGGCAUCGAUAAAAGCUUUCAACAAGCAAAAGAUGUUUGUUCGGAAGUUCGAAGAACUGGUCAAUGAGAACAUUGCAUGUGAAUGCGCUAUCAAUGCUGCUGACAGAUGGCUUGGUACAAACUUGGAGUUGAUAGGAGCUGCGCUGACGUUGUUGGCAGGAAUCUUCUUCAUCAUCAGUCGCGAUUUGCUGUCUGGAUCCAUUGUUGGAUAUUGCAUUGCCGCAUCAAUCAAUGACUCCUUCACGCUCUCCCAGUUUGUGAUGAUCUCAUCGAACAUCCACAUUACGAUGGUGUCUCUGCAAAGAAUGAAGGAAUAUUUGCAUGUUGAUCUUGAGGACUACGACGACGACGACGAUGAAGAUGAUGAGCGAUGUAAAGACAAGAAACAAGCUGAUAAGAAACUUUCUACAGUCAAACCAUUCAAAGAGGGUUCAAUAGAAUUUUUCAACUACAGCAUGAAAUACAAGGAAGGGCUCGAUUACGCUCUAAAAAACAUACACUUCAGCAUAAAACCUUCAGAAAAGGUUGGCAUCAUGGGUCGGACAGGGGCUGGCAAGAGUUCUUUGAUCUCAGCUCUCUUCCGUUUCGGCCAGUCUGAAGGCUCCAUCUACAUAGAUAAUUAUGACAUUUCCAAGUUGCCUUUGAAAAUAUUGAGAUCCAACAUAACCGUUCUGUCACAAGACCCGUUCAUAUUCAGUGACACGAUAAGAAUGAACCUCGAUCCGACAUCUAAGCUUAAGGAGAGUGAUGCAGUUAUCUGGAAGGCACUGGAGCAGGUCAGUUUGCUUCAUGUCAUCAAGUCGCUGCCCGGUCAACUUGAUUUCUUUUGCGAAGCCAAUGGUAACAAUUUCAGUGUUGGCCAGCGUCAGCUUCUGUGCCUGGCUCGAACUCUGCUCCACAAAACUUCAAUCCUCAUUUUGGACGAAGCUACUGCUGCCGUAGACGUUGAGACGGACAAAUUAAUUCAGUCGACGAUCAGCAGGGAGUUCAAAGAUUGUACCGUAAUCAUCAUAGCACACCGCAUGUCUUCAACAGCCAGUUGUGACAGAGGCGGAUUUAAAAACUGCCACGCCUGGGGCUAUCAAGAUAAUGUCGCCGCCUCCCUCUUUCCCGGGGGCAUCGCUGUAGGCCUCGCCUCGUGCCCCUUUCACACAACCAAUAACUUCAUCUUUCCCGCCCUAGAGAGAACAAGUGGCAGAAGCUCAGAGCUGUACUUUCUAAGGAAACAACAAUAG